GGAAGGGGCCGCGGUAACGAUCGACUCAGAGUCAGACAUGGACAUGUACCGGUAUAGACUAGUGUAGAGUGAUCAGCAAGAUUUUGCAUGGAUAUGACAAUGGCUAUUCCAUCCAUCCAUUCUUGCACACAGUUGACAGAUUUGAAUGAGAAGUUAAUGCAUCGGCUGAAAAAGUUGAAGAAGCGUAAUGAUGCCCUCGAAAAAGAACUUUCCUCGAUCAACGAGCAGAUCAAAAUUGAGAAUCUACUGAGGGAACACUGUAAGAUCAGACAUGUCGGGGUCCAGACUGAGCUCAACCCUAGGGGAUCAUGGCGUGUAAUUAAACAACCCCCUCCCCAAACAAAGACCCAAGAGGAUAAUAGUCAGAAGACUAUUGAAAGUUUGAUGAAGAAUCAUAAAAGCUUGAUGAGGAGGUACGAGAGAGAGGUCCGAGCCAACACUAAACACAUUGAAACAGUUGCAUCCCUAAAUCUUCGUAUACAAGAGCUGGAGAAACUUCUCUCAUCAGCUAAUGAGCGCGUUCGUCUGCUUGAAGGCCAGACCCAGCGAUACACCCCACAUGGAUGGAGCACUCCAAGGGACCAUGCCCAGAAUAGAUCCCGGACUACGCCUGGACACAGGAGAAUGAGGAGCCGCAGCAGACAAUCUUACUCCCCAGAUAAUUAUUCUCAAGAGCUUGAAACUGUCAGAAGAGAAAGAGAUCGACUGAAGAAAGACAAACACAAGCUGAAAAAAGAACUAGGUGCUCUAGAUGAGAAUUUCUUUGAAGAGAUUGAGGACCUCAAAUUUGCUCUCCAGCAGUCGGCUCGACUGAACCAGGAAUAUGAUAAGGCAUUAAAACAAGUGUGUGAAAACUUUGGAGCUCCUUUCCCUGUGGAUAGUCUUCCAUCAAGACCAAAGAAAUCUUUAUCAGCGUCGAAGAGACCACCUUCAAGUCAUCAAACAAGAUGAUAGUAGAGAUAUGAAGAUUAAUGGCCAGGAUUCUGGAGUCUUGUUUGACUUAGGCUGUGAUAAGUCUUGGCUAAAAUAAUGGGAAGCCAAAUCUGUUAAAACUUUGUUUAGAUCUUACAUUUCAAAACUAUUUUGGUUAUUAUUCACAGACAGUCAUUAAUGCAUUGAGUGUCAAAUAAGCUGAAAAUUUGAAUCUAUAGUGCUAGAGAUUUGGGUCAUAAUUGGCUACCCAUGGUUACACCACAACUUUGGACAAGAGUUUGAUUUAAACAAGAGUUCAUAAUUGGUUUGAGCCUGGUUUAUGGUACUCCAAUCUAGAUAUUUGUCUACAUUUGCCAUCCUCCACCUGUAUAUGUGGCCGAUUCAAUAUUUAUUUGUAAAUUUACACCUGACUUGACCAAAUCCAAAGGGAAGUGCAACCACCUACAGCUGGUGGAGGCAUAAAUAUGAGGACAUUCUUGAAGGGGUAGAUUAUCCUGAUGUCAAAUGCAAAUACGGAUUUGGUGUUGUAAGCAUUAAAUUUCAUCUUUUUCAGUGAUACAUAUAUGUACAUAAUUAGGCAAUUGUAAAUAGUGACAUUUUGAGAUUCAAUUUAUGUAUGCACUGCAGUAUGCAGAUAAAAUAUUUCUUAACAUU